UUUGCAAUUCAUUUGGUUCCCUGUUUCAGUUCCACCAUGACAUAUCACAUUUUGUUGCUUGGAAUUCUGAUAGUAGCAUACUUUAGUAAAUUGCAGGGUUUUCAAGCUGAAAAUGCCUUCUCACAGUAUUGGAAAGAGCAUAUUGGUCUUUCACACCCUCCACAUUGGUUAGUUGCAAAGGCUUCUCCAUUAACCCUCCAUCAGGCAACAAUGUUUAUGAAACUUAUGAAAGAAAAUGAAUUGGCUUCACACUUGCGUUCAUUCUGUAAACAGGCUAAUAUUGCUUGUUCUACAAAUGCGUUGGUAAAGAAGACAAUGGAUGACACAACCCUGCCACCAAUUGCUCAGUGGAGUGCUAUCAAAGUGGUUUAUGAACACCUUCCAAAUGAAACACCCAUGUCAGCUGCUAGCCAAGGAGGAUUGCCAUUUUUUCGCGAGUCAAUGGUUAAAGAGGGAGGUUUCAUGUCUAUCCCUGAUCUAAGGGACCUAAUGUCAUAUAAAUCAUUCUUACCGCGAUCUCUCGCAUCAAAACUCCCAUUUUCCUUUGGAAAGAUUGAGGAAUUGAAGAAAAUGUUUGGUGUGGUGGAUCAAUCAAACAUGGAUGGGUAUAUUGAAGACACCAUCAAGAUAUGUGACAAGAGUCCCAUUCGAGAUGAGCAGAGCACCUGCAUGACUUCCGGUGAAGAUCUCAUCGAUUUUAUUGUCGAAAAAUUAGGGCACCAUGUAUGUGUAUGGAGUACUGAGAGCAUUGAAGGAUCUUAUGAGAAUGUCACAAUUGGAGCCAUAAAACUCAUAUAUGGAAACCUCUUUGAACCGCCAGUAUUAUGUCAUAGUCAGCCAUUCCCAUUUCAAGUCUAUUAUUGCCAUAUUUUACAGAAAGUAAAAGUAUAUGUAAUUGAUAUACAUGCUCAGAAGAAAGUGAAUCAUGUGAUCAUGGCAUGCCAUUAUGACACAUCAACUUGGAAUCCAAACCAUAUUGCUUUUAAGUUGUUGGGUUCUGACCCAGGCCUAAUAGAAGUUUGUCAUUGGAUAAAUGAGAAUGGAUUGGUUUGGACAAAGACUCAAGCUUGAGCA